AUGUUGAACUCCCUAUUUGUGCCUGAAAAACAUCUCAGACAGAGGCUUCUGGACACAGAAAAAAGACACUCAUGGAAGGUGUCAGUUUUCAUGGAAUUGCUGUUAAUAUUGAUGCCUCAAGUGGUGUGCAAGGAUCCUAGCCUUCACUGUGACCUUCAGGAGCCUGUUCCUAUUCGUCACACGUAUCAUCAGCUUGGAGACAUCAACAUAGCUGGCAUUAUAUCUGCAUUGUUUACAUUUUCAGAUCCCAUUGAUUUCCGUCAACAUCCUUCUCGGGCACUUCAGGAGGGAGCUGUAAUAUAUUUGCAGAAUUACCAGCAUGUCCUGGCUUUAGCGUUUACUCUAAAAGAGAUCAAUAAACAUUGUCAGAUCCUACCCAAUGUCACGUUGGGCUUCCAUAUUUUUAACAGCCAUUUCAGUCCAAGCUGGACUUACUUCGCCUCAAUGCUUCUGCCUUUCACUCAUGGCAAAUUCAUCCCUAACUACAAGUGUGGGGUCCCAGAACGUUUGGCUGCAGUGAUUGGGGGACCAGAUAUCUCUCUUCACAUGGCAGCUGUAUUGUGCAUCUACAAAGUUCCUCAGUUGACCUAUGGUUCUGCUCCAGCCAUGGAGAAAGAGACUCAAGCAGUUUUCUUCCACCAAAUGUUUCCAGAUGAAUCCCAUGAACAUAAGGGCCUCAUGCAGCUAUUGAAGUACUUAAGAUGGACCUGGGUUGGGAUUCUUGUAGCCAAGGAUGAGAAAGCAGAGAAAUUUGUCCAGAAAGUGGUCCCUACUUUUUCCAAGUAUGGCAUCUGCACUGAGUUCAUAGCAGAGUUACCAAACAUUGAUUUCUAUAUUGAUUAUAUGGAUGUGAUGGAUGAAGGACUAGAGAUAUACCAUGUUCUCAUGAAGAGCAAGGCCAAUGUAAUAAUAGUAUAUGGUAAAAUUCAGACCAUAUCAACUUUGAGAACUUUCCUCCAGUUUUCAGAAGUGGAGGACAUCCCAAAGAAGCAAAAGGUCUGGGUUAUAAAUGCUGAGAUAGAUUACACUUCAAUGUCAAUUCAUAAAUCAUUGGACGUCCAUUUCCUACAUGGGGCUUUAUCCUUUGCAGUUCACACAAAAGAGGUCCAGGAUUUCCAGGAAUUUCUUCACAAUCUAAGUCCAAACAAUGACCAUCACGAUCAUUUUCGGAAAGAUUUCUGGGAACAGGCAUUUGAUUGUUUCUUCUCAAACUCAAGAACGGAGACAUCUGAGGUAACUUGUACCAGACAGGAGAAGAUUGGGACUCUUCCUACAUCUGUGUUUGAAACACGCAUCAGUGGACAGAGUUAUAAUAUUUACAAUGCAGUCUAUGCUGUGGCACACGCUUUGCAAUCUCUGUAUUUAUCCAAGUCCAAACACAGAACAAUACUGAAAAAGGGAAGGAAACAGUUUCAUAAUCAACUGUGGUGGCAGGUUCAUUCUUUUCUGAGAAGUGCCAGAUUCAACAACAGUGUUGGUGAGAAGGUCUCCUUUAAUGAAAAGGGAGAAUUCAUCGGUGGAUAUGAUAUUAUCAACUGGGUCACAUUCCCAAACCAGUCCUUUGUUAGGAUCAAAGUUGGGAUGAUAGAUCCCACAGCUCCGGCAGACAAGUUCUUCAGUAUUUCUGUAGAUUCCAUCAUUUGGCCAGUAGGAUUUAAUCAGGGAAGCAAAACAUUAUCUGUAAGAAGGUUUACUUUUCUAAUUGUUGGCAUAGAAAAGGGGUGUCUAACUCAAGGCCUACAGGCCAGAUUAGGCCUACUCCCAUGCAAAGUUCUGAAGAUAUCGGCCUGGCAGCUCUCCAAGCCAGAUAAGGCAUUGCCUUUAUCUCUGUGUAAUGAUCCCUGUGAGAAAGGAUACAGCAAGGAAAAGAUAGAAGGGAAGUCAUUUUGCUGCUAUGCUUGUCGUCUGUGUCCAGAGGGGAAAAUAUCAAAGGAGAAGGAUGGGGAUGACUGCUUUCCAUGUCCAGAAGAUCAAUAUCCAAAUCCUGAGAAAAAUAUGUGCAUUCCAAAGCGGAUCACAUUUUUGUCCUAUGAAGAACCCUUGGGGAUCAGUCUGACCAUUCUUUCCUUUUGCUUUUCCUUCAUGACAACCUUGGUCAUCACAAUCUUCAUGAAAUACAAAGACACUCCCAUCGUCAAAGCCAACAACCAGAAUCUCACUUAUCUUCUCCUAGGUUCCCUCCUCCUCUCUUUCCUUUGUGUCUUUCUAUUUCUUGGGAGACCCAAUACGAUUGUGUGUCUCCUUCGACAGCCAUCUUUUGGGGUGAUCUUUUCUGUGGCGGUUUCUUGUGUCUUGGCCAAAACCUUUGUGGUGGUUCUCGCAUUCAUGGCCACCAAACCUGGUUCCAGAUUGAGGAAAUGGGUGGGGGGAAGAAUGAUUAGUUCCAUUCUUCUAGCCUGCUCCCUUGUUCAAACGUGUGUUUGUGCUGUGUGGCUGAUAACGUCCCCACCUUACCCAGAUUUCGACGCACACUCGAUAUCUGAAGAACUCAUCCUGGAGUGCAAUGAAGACUCAGUCAUGUUCUACUGUGUUUUGGGCUUUAUGGGUUUUCUUGCUCUGGUUAGCUUCUCUGCUGCUUUCCUAGCUAGGAAGUUACCUGACAGUUUCAAUGAAGCCAAAUUCAUUACCUUCAGUAUGUUGGUCUUCUGCAGUGUUUGGCUGUGCUUUAUCCCAACCUAUCUAAGCACAAGGGGAAAAUAUACGUUGGCUGUGGAGAUCUUUUCCAUGAUCUCUUCCAGUGCUGGAUUAUUGAUAUGCAUCUUCCUUCCCAAGUGUUUUAUUAUUGUGAUGAGACCUGAACUGAAUGAUAAACAUCAGCUCAUGAAGAGAAAGUUUUAACAAAUAUUUCCAUUUUUCCUUUAUCUGUAGAUGUUGGAGAUCUUCCCCACUGGCACGUUUAAGCCAGAGGACAAUGGGCAAUAUAGAAGAUCAUCCUUUGUCUGAGAUUUAAGAUAGAUCAGAAAUUUUUUCCCUUCUGGAAGGCAAUUAUAAAUGGGGACCAUAAAAGCAUAAGGAUAAAUUGAUGUAGGGACAUAGUUCAUGUAUGAUAGACAGCUCUGACUAAAUAUAUAAUUAAAUAUGAAUUGUAAAU